CCCGGCACUAGUCAUAGCCUGCAGGUGCCGCAUCGCCGUAGAAGUAGGACGAAGAAAAAGCGGUUUUGUACACCUCGGUGGCAGAGACGAGCCAGAGUUCCUCCUAUAGAGGCAGGGAAACGCCACAAUAACCAACCAAAGGGUGCCAGAGGGUAGAGAGGAGCGCAGAAGGCAAUCCACAUCCAUCUGCCAGCCACUUAGUACGCGCUAACAUUUCCAGCCCGGAUUUCAGCACAGCUGUCUAGCCAAUACAACCAGGAAAAUGUCUGCCCCAGCCGCUGGAGCCCCUGCAGCAGAGGGAGGGAAUCAACCUCCCAACCUCACCAGCAACCGUCGUCUGCAGCAGACACAGGCACAGGUGGAUGAGGUGGUGGAUAUCAUGCGUGUAAACGUGGAUAAGGUUCUGGAGCGUGAUCAGAAGCUGUCAGAACUGGACGACAGGGCUGACGCCCUGCAGGCUGGAGCCUCUCAGUUUGAGACCAGCGCUGCAAAACUGAAGAAUAAAUACUGGUGGAAGAAUGCCAAGAUGAUGAUUAUCCUGGGUGUGAUAUGCGUGAUUGUCCUCAUCGUCAUUAUUGUGUACUUCAGCACCUAAGAAGAGUUGCUCCUACCCCAGUCUAAUCCCAAUUUCCUUGCUACAGAAAAAAACCCUCAAAUUGAUUUAAAAUUUAACCAUGAGAAAAUAAUUGAUUCUAUAUAUCUACCCGAUUAGCUUCGAUAUAACACCCCUAAAUCCUUCAGGGCCCCAUGGCUCCCCCACUUCUACCACCUUGCCUCUGGACCCCUGUCAAUAUUUGUCCUGUGAGUGUGUGGCCCUGUCUCCUUUCUGGGUACUCUUGGCUUUUCUAACCUGCCAUACUGAGAACCAAACACUUGUGACGGUGCAACAACAGAAAAGGAAACAACGAUUGGCGAUAAUUGUUACAUAACUGAUAUAUAUAGUUCUUUGUAGAGUUUUAUUCUGAUAUAUACUGUUUUGUAGGUGUGUGUGCGUGUGUGUGUGCAUUUUGUAUUUUUUAAUUUUUGUAUUAAUUUUACGUAUGCUUCAGCGUUAACUACUGCCUAUUAAUCAAAGUGUGUAUCUUGCAUGUUAUCAUCAUCUGUCUGUCCCCUGCUUACUCUCUCCUUUCGGUGUGUUUUUGCACAGUGGAGUUAGCCUCCAUCUAACUAAUGGAUACCAGUUGAUUUUCAAGUCCAUCUGUGUUACUCGUGUCCACUCAGACAGCCCAAAAUAAGCCAGAGAUCUAAGACUUGUACUGAAAAAAAAUAUCAUCAAGUUACAAAAAUGUGAGCUACUGCAUAGACAACCCUGCCCUUGAAAAUACUCUUACUUCAGCUCCAGACUUCUGUAGCUUGAUGCCGUCAAAAAUUCAAGUCUUAGCUUCUUUGCUGGCUUUCUGAGAGAGUUAAUACUCACUGAUAUUGAUCAAACACACAAAACAAUGCAUGAAUUGUUAAACUAAUCCCUAGUAAUCAUCAUUUCCAGUCUUUUCCAUCUGAGUGUCAUUUCUCUUUCUCCAUUUCUCUCCCCUGCUCUCUUUCAUCUGUAAUGUCUUUAACGUCCCAGCCCUCUUCUGUCUCUCAGCAUGCUUGAACACCUCAAUUUCUUCUGAUAAUUUCAAUACUGCCAUAGUACAGUUGGACCAAUGUCUGUAGAUGUUUCUUUUUUUAUUUAAAUAUUACGUAGUGUCUUAUUUCGAAAACAUUCCUUCAUUGCAGUCUAGUGCAAAUGGUCUUACCGUAGCACAUGUAAGUGUAAGUAUCUUUAAAAAAAAUACACACAAUGAAACUUGUGUCGAAAACGUCAGUCAUACAAACCAUAGGAGAAAAUAGUUAUAGUGAAUAGCUGUAAGGGUAAGUUUUGGAUAGACAGGAUUAGACUCUCAAUCUGUCCAAAUUAUUUUCUUUUGUAAUAUUGACGAUGUUAUCCUAACAUUACACUUACAGUAUACUGUGGAGAUGUCAUUAAUGUCAAACUGUGGAUAUGGGCUUGCAAAACAAUUCUAAUGCCAGGUGAUAAAAUAGGGCCGUUGCAUAAAUUUGAUGAUUAAUUUCCAUAAAGCAAAGCUUAAUUCUCUCUGGCCCGUUACCAACAUGGUCACUGAAAAGCCUUAGUCUUCAGUCACUUCUGCUAGUUACUGUGGAAUAUUUCCAGUCAAACACACCCUCACACUUGAUGUCGGGGGAGUGGCUGACUGCAGAAAAGGAAUCUGUUUAAAAUGCACAAACAACCUUGUUUUUGAUGGCGCUGUCUGGCUGGUCAAUAGCCUGGCCAACGGAGAUCCUCGUGCAGCAAAACCUCUCCACACGAAGAGCACAUACAAAAAGAGACGAUUCAGCCUUAUUUUGAAAAUCCAGGAACAAAGACGGAAGCUAAUGAGGAAAAUGUCAAAUUCACAGUCGAGUUUUAGUUCAGCAACUUUGGGGGAAGGCUAAGAAAUUUACAGGUUAGUGACAAGAGACGUGUAAAGCAGUUAUUCAGAAACUAGAAGCACUCCUUUGAAGAGUGUUUUGCUAGCGCAGUGGUUCUGUCUCAGUGUUUCUCCCUAUAGUUAAGGCCUUUUUCUUUUUUAAAUAUAAUAGAUUCUAUUUUUUAUUAUAGUAUAUUUUUGUGUGAAACAGACAGGUAAAGAGGAAGUGUGCAAUCAGUACUGUUUGCUGCCAACAGCGGUGAGCUCCUCUUUACCUCCGUCUGGUGUGUUUUUUGUAAUUCAGCUCCGUGCGUUAUACACUGCCAAGCAACUAGGGAGAGGCUUCUCUUGUUAUUUCUUUCAUUGGUGCCCUCGCUGGUUCGGUCUUAAACAAUUCUUUUACAUUGUCUCGGCAUCUGCUCCUGUGCAUACUACCCUUUUGGCUACUUCAUGAGCAGGAGAGCAGGGCAACACGAUGCACUUGUUUUGUAAUGCUCUGUCAAACUAAGGCCUUGUACACAUGAACGUGAGAUGACAUAAACCUCAAAUUCCUUAAAAGUGCAAAUGUCACUUUUGGGGAUUUGGAACGAUUCUACCUUCAACUACAGAAGGAGAGUUUUACGUGUGGUCGUGGUAAAUCUCAGCCCUAAAGUUCAGUUAGUCAGUCAAAUCUCUGCGAAGACUUUUAUGUGUGCAGAGCUGCAUUAACAAAUGCUUAACAGGAAGUAACUCAGCUCAUGCUGCACUGCCACUAACGCCAUUGUUAAUAAUCCUAAAAUGUCUGAAUUUGGCUUUACAGUUGGCUACAGUCACUGCAAAGAAAUAGAGACCACGAAAACACCUACAAUAUGUCAAAACAAGUGUGUGUAAAGCCUUAGUAGUCUUGUCUCUUUUAAACAUGACUUUCCCACCAGCUGAGAAGACCAACCUGCCCCCCUUUGCUAAACUCACUGAUUCUGAAUCCUACUGUGUGUGUGUGUGCGUGUGUGUGUGUGUGUGUGUGCGCGCGUGUGCGUGUCUGUGUGUGUGUGUCUGUGUGUGCGUGCAGGUGCAUCGAUGGGUGUGUGUGUGUGUGUGUGUGUGUGUGUGUGUUAGAAUAGCUCUGUCUUGGGAAUAUCCCCAGUUUAUCCCGACAGAUUAGGCCGCUUAAAUCUCAGAGUGAGGGCACGUUGUUUCCUUGACCACUGAAGUACACAAGCAGAGAGGUUACAGAUCUGCCGGCCAGUUCUAUUAGCAAGGACCCUGACCCUGACAAACCCACUCCUCCCCUUCCCCUGCAAGUUUCCCUACAAACAGAGCAAAAGUAAACUGCAGAAGAUUACCAAAGACCAGAUUUCCAUGCUUAUGCUGCCAAUUGCCAUCAAAAACAAGUGGAGACAAACAGGUUAUCCAAACUAUCCCAGUCUGUUUUAAAUAGCUUAUACCCUUACCCUAUUUAUCCAUGAUUACAGGACCUUUUAAUUGUCACACACUAUUUCCACGGUGUGUCCGUUUGGCUUGUGAGUGUGCCAGUUUAACAUAUGCAAAUUAAACCAAAACAUAAGGACCGCAUGCUUCAAAUCUCAAAUACAGACUCCUCCACCAGGUGUCUCCAGGUCUGAAGAACCUCUUUAAUCGGCAACAAGGUCUCAGACACAUGAUCCUAUAACUAAUAAUAGCACAACUCUUCUUUUUUCUGUGUCUCCAUAGUGCUGCCAAGUUCUAAAAUGAAAAGACAUACACUAACUAUAGCUAUUAGACAUAAACGAAAGAAAAUCAUUAAAAAAAUCUGCAUUGUUUGGUGUUGUAAUAUGGGGGUGUUUUGGGGAGUAGGGGGUCCUAUAUCCUCAGGUUUAAGGUAUUAACAAUUUACCAAAAUAUAUAUGAGGACAAAAAAUAUAUCAUUAACAGUAAAAUUGGGUUUUUGGCAAUAGAAAAUCAUUGCAGGGUUACAAAAGUGGUCCUUUUAUCCACCCUGCAGGACUUAACCACACAGUGGACUGAAGUGAAAUAACACUACUGAUUGGGGUAGGACUUCUGUGUGUUCCAUAAAUCUAACUGUUGUGAGUGCUCAACCAAUUUGAUCACAAUAGUGAAAAUGAAGUGAGUGCUCUCUUUUUCUGUUGCUUUAUUGUCUGUAUGAAAAGAAGUGCACAUAUGUUUUAACACCGUGGCACUUUUUCUGUUGUGGUUCGUUCAUUUUGGUGGGACGGGAACAUGAUUCAGUGGAGAAUAUUGUCUUAUGUCAACCUCAAGAAUUGUUCAGCGAUCUCAACUUACCGCUGUGUUCAGGUCUUUUGGGGGUGGUCCAGAAUGCAAGUUGCCAACACGGAAAGUGUGUUCAGACCCUCUUCCAGGUUUGGAAUAUAACUUGUGAACUUGUGAUUCAAACUUGGAAGGAAACAACAUAAAGAAAUUGACCAAGAGAGAUCCAAUUCUUCAACGAAGCAUCAUGUAAUACUGUGUGUACAGAGCGGGGGAUGCUCCCCCAACAUUUACAUUCACCCCCAAAUGCAAUGAAUGCAGCGAUAGGAGGGAACCUGAGUCUCUGAAUGUUCACUGGAUGGCUAUAAACAUACAAUAUUCUACUUAAUAUAUGUUAACUUGUUUUAUUUUUGAACCAAAUAUUGUGUUUUUCUUUUGCAUCAAUUUAGUAAUAACUCCAGAUGUCACUGAAUUAUUUGUGUGUAAGCACUGAUGGGAAAAGGUAAAGAAAAUGGGAAGUUAAUGGGAAAAAAAAGUAUUUUUACCUUCAAUUGUCCAGAAUGCUUAGUAUGAUUCUACAGUUUACAUCAGAUUGCCGUUUGUAUCUACAAGAUAUAUUUUUUGUUUAAAUCGGUUUAUUUUUGAGGAAAGAUUUUGAUUUCUCUUCGGGACUGGGGUUUCUGGGAUGAAGGCCCAUAUUGCCCCUGGUCAUCUGGCCUUACAGGAGGGACAGGACUGGAGGAUCAUGGGCAAUGUGCUCAGUUUAAUUUAAUCUUUUUCUUUUCCUUUGCUUUUAUUUAUUGAUAGAUUUAUUGUGCUGUCAUUUGGUAUGGGAUUAGAAACUAAGCAAGGUUGACUCAACAUGAAGGAGAGGAGACUGAAUGAAAAACUAAAGUACAUAAAAUAAUUGUAGUGUAAAUCUAUCAAUGUCUUAUUAUAUUGAUGAACAUCAUGAAAUAUAUGUAUAUUGGAAAAACAGUACCUAUGACAACUUGUACUUUUGUGUGUGCUUUAUGUGCUUUGUGGGUGUGCAACAAUGGGCAGAUGCAAUUUUGACUGCAAUUC